GAGGCCGGGCGCGGGGCGGGGCGGCCUAGCAGGCGCUUCUCCUUUACCCGGAGCCGGAGCCCGAGCCGGAGCUAGGAGGGAGGGAGCUGCGCCGGCUUAGGCGGCGGGAGGCAGGCCCUGCGGGCAGGCGGAUCCCGGGCCUGGCUGGGGACAACUGCAGCCGAAUAGGGGGCGGGCCGAGGGGCCGGGCCUCGACUCCUCCGCUUGCCCGGCUCCGGUCUCCUCCCCGCCCGACUCCGCCUCGUCUUUGGAGGAGGAGGCAACGGCUCUGGCGGAAUCAGAGAGCCGGAGGCCCAGGGUGAGUCCUGGUUCUGGCUGCUCGGGGUGGACCGGGGACCCGUGGGACAUGGAGAAGUGCUCCUCGAACUGGGGAGAAAUGCAAGGCCGGACCAGGUGGAGAGGUGGUGAGGCAAAGCAGUUUGAUUUGCAAUACUAAGUUAUAUAUAGAAAUUCAGGGACCAUCAGACCUUCCACCUCCAAAAGAAGUUCUUUGUGACAAUUAACAUUCAUCUAUAAACUGGCAGAUCUUUUAUGUGGCAUUUGUUCUGGAUUGAAGCUUGUGGAUAAUGGAAACAUUCUCCUGGCAAUGUCUCUGGGGCGACUCCUUCGAAGAGCCUCCUCAAAAGCCUCUGAUCUCCUGACUCUCAACCCUAGUGGCAGCAGUGGUUCUCCCUCAAUACUGGAUGGAGAGAUCAUCUACUCUAAGAACAAUGUCUGUGUCCACCCCCUACAGGUUCUGCAGGGCCUUGGAGAACAUCACCCAGGUUAUUUGUGCCUGUACAUGGAAAAGGAUGAACUUCUGGGGACCACACUUAUCCUUGCUUGGGUCCCGAACUCCAGGAUCCAGAGGCAAGAUGAAGAGGCCCUGCGCUAUAUCACCCCUGAAAGCUCCCCUGUGCGCAAGGUCCCCAGCAAACGAGGCCGUCAUACUCAGGGCUCUGGAGAGCCUCAUCAGCCCUCUCUUGGAGAAUCAAGAAACCCUCUGACAUCUAAGGAUGAGGACAUUUUGGUGGUGGCCCAGAGUUUCCAAGAUACUCUUCACAUAAACUCCUCAUUAGAAGAUGGGGAAAAGCUGUCUCAUGGCUUGGGGACAGACAGUCCUCUCCAAGCUACCCAGCCUGUCCAUAGUGACUCAGGAAUCUUAUCUGCUAUCAGUUCUCAGGAUGAACCAAAUAGAUCUGAAUUAUCAGUGGAUGGGACAGAGGAGGGACCAGAGUUGAGGCUAGAGCCUGGAGAAGAGGAAGGCUCCUUAGAGCUCUCUGCUGAUGAUGUGAGCAGGGACAGUACUUUUGAUUCUGAUUCUGAUGCUUUUUCUUCACCCUUCUGCCUCUCACCAAUAAGUGAAGCCCUUGCAGAGAGCAGCAGUUCUGUUUUUCUGGAUGAUGAAAACAGAGAGACAUGUGACAAUCACAUGACUUGUUCCACCAGCUCCACCUCCAGCCUUGACACCAGCCUUCAGUUCCCUGAGAACAGUGGCCAACUGCAGAACUCAAAAUGGGAUGAGCAGCAAAAGGUGUUUGCCCUUGAACAGAUCUGCGGGGUAUUUAGGGUUGACUUGGGACAAAUGAGGUCUCUUCGCCUUUUCUUUAGCGAUGAGGCCUGUACCAGUGGGCAGCUGGUUGUUGCUAGCCGAGAAAGUCAGUACAAGAUCUUCCACUUUCACCAUGGUGGUCUGGAUAAACUGUCAGAAGUUUUUCAGCAGUGGAAACACUGUACAGAGACUCACCUUAAAGACCAGCAGGUCUCCAAUGAAAAGACUUGUAUGCAAUUCUCCAUCCGACGUCCCAAGCUCCCUUCUUCAGAGACCCACCCAGAGGAGAAUAUGUACAAAAAGCUGGAUGUCUCCACCUGGCUUAACCAUUUGAAUGAGUCUGGGCAGGUGGAAGAGGAAUAUAAGCUACGUAAGGCCAUUUUCUUCGGCGGCAUUGAUGUGUCAAUCCGGGGUGAGGUCUGGCCCUUCCUGCUGCGCUAUUACAGCCAUGAGUCCACAUCGGAGGAGCGAGAGGCACUGAGGGCACAGAAGAGAAGGGAAUACUCAGAGAUACAGCAGAAAAGGCUUUCAAUGACUCCAGAAGAGCAGAGAGAAUUCUGGCGCCAUGUACAGUUUACUGUUGACAAAGAUGUGGUUCGGACAGACCGGAGCAAUCAGUUCUUCCGAGGAGAGGACAACCCAAAUGUGGAGAGCAUGAGGAGAAUUUUGCUGAAUUAUGCGGUAUAUAAUCCAACCAUUGGCUACUCCCAGGGCAUGUCAGACCUGGUGGCUCCAAUCCUUGCUGAGGUUCUAGAUGAAUCAGAUACCUUCUGGUGUUUCGUAGGUUUGAUGCAGAACACGAUCUUUGUCAGUUCUCCCCGAGAUGAGGAUAUGGAGAAACAGCUGCUAUAUCUUCGUGAGCUGCUUCGGCUGACCCACCUACGUUUUUACCAACACCUUGUUUCUCUGGGGGAAGAUGGCCUACAGAUGCUUUUCUGCCAUCGCUGGAUCCUUCUGUGUUUUAAGCGCGAGUUCCCAGAUGCAGAGGCACUACGCAUGUGGGAAGCAUGCUGGGCCCAUUACCAGACAGACUACUUCCACCUCUUCAUCUGUGUUGCCAUUGUGGUGAUCUACGGUGAUGAUGUCAUUGAACAACAGCUAGCCACUGACCAGAUGCUUCUACACUUUGGAAAUCUGGCCAUGCACAUGAAUGGGGAACUUGUACUCAGGAAGGCGAGAAGUUUGCUGUAUCAGUUUCGCCUCUUGCCCCGGAUUCCAUGUAGUCUACAUGACCUCUGUAAACUCUGUGGGACAGGCAUGUGGGAUAGUGGUUAUAUCCCUGCUGUGGAGUGUACUGGGCACCAUCCUGAAUCUGAGAGUUGUCCUUAUGGUGGGACAAUGGAGGCACCUUCUCCAAAAUCUGUUGUUGAAGGCAAGAAGGGCCAAAAGACACGAGAAGUCUUCAAUUUUCGCAAAUAGGGCCAGGUCAUACACUGGAGAGGGAUUGAAGAGAAUGUUUCCAUGGGAACUAUUUCAUUCAGGGGGAUCAGAAUUGAAUAGGGGUUUGGGGUAGAAGAAAAGAGGAGUCAGUAUCUACCAAAAUAUUAUUGAAAAAAUGAAGAACAAACUUUUAUGUUUUAAUGGCAACAUCAGAAACCAGGAGAAAGAAUGAAGAUGUGACCACCAAUCCAAAGAUUCAGUUCUAUGAUAGAAUGACAGACUAGGGUCUUACUACUAGAAUAGAAAAUUCCUGGGCCUUUCUUGUUGCCUGUUUGAACUAAGGAGUAAUUUUCCAGGAUAAUCUCCAUCUCCAUCACUGACUCCAUCACUCAUUAGCAACUAAACUUCAAACAUAGGAAGGCCAACAACCAACAUAUGUAAGGAAGGCCAACCAAGCUCAGCUUUUUGUGUUGGGAAGCAUAUGGGUUAAGAGCACUCCUCAGGUGAAAUCACACACAAACACAUACUUAUACAUAUAGUCAUCAUGCACAAUUCUCCCUCUUAAAACCAAAACCUACUGCCUAAGUGACUUCCAGCCUGAGCCAUAAAGUUGUCACUAAAAAUAACCCAAUUGAUUUGGGGAUUCUGGGACAGGGUGGUAGGAUAAGAUUUGGAGAGUUUGUGACUUUUCACAAGGAUACUAUGUUCUUUUUAUACUCCCUCACAUGUGAAAGAAACUCCCUGCUCUUGAGCCUAAGCAAUAGGUUUCUGGAGAAAGAUGUGAUUCAUCUCCCUUGGCUUCUUUCUGGGAGCUAACAGGUUUUCUACAUCAGGAUUCAUUACCUAGCCCCACUAAGUACAAUAGCCAAAUGGUGUUUGAAUGGGUAAGAGUAUCUGUGACUGUGUGUGUGUUUAUGCAGAUGAGCCAUCAAAAAAAGAUGGAUUCAUUUAAGGGAAGUGACAGCCUCCCCCAAAGUAUCUGGAGAUAGCUGCUGCUGUGUGAUCCUGGCUUCCAAAGAGCCAAAUAUUGUCACACUUAAGUAACCAGUAUUUAGGGCUACCUCCACUUCCUAUGUGGGAGCUAAGUCCUCCCAAUCCAUUUCCAUAUGAAAAGAUUAUGCUAGCUGUCCAUGCUAGAAUUUAGAGAUAGAAUGUUAUGGCCUAUGAGAAUCCUUUCAGUCAUCCUGAAAAGAAAUAGAAUGCCAAGUCCCUUCUACUGAAAAUUUCUGCUUGAAAUGAUGGACAAGCAGAACUCUCCUUUGAUACUUUUGGAUUCUGAAUUCUUCCUUUUUCCAAGCAUUUCAGGUAAUCCAGCCCCUGAAUACGGACUUUUUUCUACUCCCAGUUAUAUGAAUUGAAAGGUUUAGCUGAAUUGUACCAUUUACAAAGAUAUUUAUCAGCAAUAAAGAUCAAGUUACCAGCCUCUCCCUUUUCAUCACACUCUAUACUCCUUACAUCCAAAGUCCAUUGGAGUGGGGGACCUCCUUAAGAUGUAAAGCUAAAAUUAAAACCAGAUUUCAAGUUUUCUCAGAAAUUAUCUGAGCAAACUCUUAGAAUCAUCAUCAGUAGGGCUCAGAUUUGGAUAAAACUGUUGUGAGGCCUUUGUCUUUUGCCAGUAACACUGGGAAAUAUGAGUCUGAAUAGGGUUGGGGUUGAACUUCUCUGUUGUAGGAGAGGAGACACACCAAUUAUCUUUAUUCAGUACUAGAAGAAAAUUCCCUUAGGACAUUACCACUGAAGAAUAUUGAUUUAAAUCUACCUGCCAACCUCUUUUCACGGAGGUUUGGGAAAUAGAAACAUAAGAGCUUUUGAGCCAUUGUUCUUUAGAAACUCAUGAUUAAAGAACUCAAGAAGAGGGAAUCCUUGGUCAUGCAGAAAUUGGUUGAAAUUCACCUUCCGAGUGUUUUGGUUUUCCCCAGGUCCCCACAAGCAAACCCAAAGGUUUCCUUCAUAAUUUGGCUCCCUCUUUUCUUGUCCAUGUAAGAACCUUUGUAUUUUCAUUGGUACCACGUGCAUUCAGAAUGCUGCCUUCAUGCAGCUGUAGGUUUCCAAUGACCCAGUGGUGGAAGAGGCUUGUUGGUAUGCCCAAUCGGAAAGUAUUCAUUCUGAAUUCUGCCAAGUUCUCCACAACCAUAACCACAGAACCCCAUUCUCUACAAGGGAAUGGAAACAAAGUGCCACCUGCUGGUUGCUUUGGUCAUUACUACAUGGCUUACACUCCAAGUUGCUCUUGUUGGGGCAGUUAGCCCACUGAUAUUUUAUCCUGCCUGGAAAACAACAAAGAUCUCUGAACUCACUGCUGUGUCAAGCUCAGCAGGUCUGCCUAGAAAACAUUCUGAAUAUUUGCUGCUGUACAGAGGCCUAUGAAAAAAGCUCCUUCUCUCUUACAACUUCCUUAAUCUGGAUGCAAUUAGGGAUACACCAGUCAAAAACCCUGGGGCAGCUGUUGCCCCUGGAUUAUUCCCGGCCAGCAAAAGGCUUUAGGGUGAUAAUUCAGUCAUUAGACUUCUAGCCUUUCUACCAUCAGAAUGUGCAAAUAGGGGUUAAUAAGCCGUGUGCCUCUAUUCUUGUCAAUGUAGUUUAUUUAACCCAUUUUCAAAAUGUUGCUUAAUUUUAUUGGUUGCCUUGUGUGUGCAUGUGCAUACUUAAAAAUUUCAAAGCAUUCUAACCUCACUAAUAAUUUCUGCCAUUGAUGUUACACAAUGUUGUUCCAAGGCCUCUGGGAAGAGAAUUGUGCCCUUUGAUGUGUGUGGGGAAGGGUAUGCUUAUGCAGAGUGGAAGGUUUAUAGCAAGGAAGCUGUUUCUGUGAAAUGUGAUUACUGUGCUGCUCAUAGAGCCCACAUUGGUGGCUCUUUCAAAAGAGGGGGCCCUCAGAAGUGGAGUGGUGAAGGUCUAGAAAGAUGCUGGGAGAAGAGCAUGCUGAGGUUAAGGACUUAGGGAUCUUUUCAAGUUAGAAUAAUGAAAGUUGUACCAAAAAAAGUACUCAUCUUGUUCUUUGGGAAGUUCUCUUAUUUGCUAACUUGAAUAUGUUGCUUGAGUUUUUCUUCUAGGUCAGGGAAUCUCAGAAAUCUAACGUUACAGCACUGAGGUCUGUAGUUUCCCUUUAAAAAGGUGGUAGGUCUCCAAAUCUACAAGUUUUCCUUGUGGAGAAUUAAUAGCAAAUCCUUCAUUAUAGGCCUUUAUAUGAGGCCUGAAUGGUCAUUUGGGGGGGCGGGGAUAUUGUUGAGGUACAGUUUGAACUAGAUAGCCUCUGAGGUCUCUUCUGAGACUGAGAUUUUAUGAGUGUCAAUUGCUAUUAUUUCAUUGGAAUGCCUAGUUAACUAUUUUGAAAACUGAACAGGAUAAAGAACAAGAGAUUUUUCUAUUUCGUUUAUUUCAAACACUGUCCUGAGGAUUGUUUUAAAACAGCUGCUGCAUUCUCCAUAGGACAUGGGAUGAAAGGAUGAUGUGAUAAGAUGAUCAGACAUGGAGGGCUGGUAUUCAGGUGUGAGUGAGUAGCUAUAACAUCUCCCAUGCUGAUUAAUAGUAGAAGUUGUUCACUUGCUCUCGUUCUAAUUUUAUACCAGGCAACAUUUGACUACAAAGUUGUGACUAUAAAGCAUAUGUAAAUACUGAUAGGAAUAGAGAAGGUGGAAAAGGAACUGCCAUUCGUUAGGGCUAUGUGAGUUGUUUAAUAACGUUUGGGUAACAGGUUAUUCGUGGGCCCAAGAUUUUGUGGUCAUGUUGGGGGAUGUCCUGCACUUCUUAGGUUAUAUAAACUCAUAAAGAGGUGGCUAUCAAUGAUUGUUCCUGUCUCAUUCUUACAAGACAAGAGCUUCAUUCUGAGAAAAUGGAAGGCAUGUAUGUGAAUGGACAACUAGGAAUAUUCAGAAAUAAAAAACUCAGAAUUGUAUGAAA